AUGUCCUCAGCCCCGCCCGCGCCGCUGCUGGACCCGUCCAUCUUCGCCUACCUCGAGGCCAAGGUGGACGAGGAGACGCAGGUGCGCGACGCCCUGGGCCAGAUUGUGCAGCGCCUGGACCGCGCCGUCGCCGCCGCCCAGGGCCUGCUGUCGCGCGUGCACUCGACGCCGCGCUCGCGCUAUGCAGAGCUCGUGGCCCAGGUCGAAAAGGCUGUGCGGGAUGAGGUGGCCGUCGUCAAGGAGCUCGACGGCCUGGCUUCCAAGCACGCGUACUACAAGUACAACUCCAAGUGGUCGCGCGCCGUGCAGAGCGCCAUGGGCACCGCCAUCUACUGCGCCUGGCUCGGCGGCUUCCCCUCGUCGGCGGCGGCACCAGGCCAGGUCGGCCGGCUGCUGACGCUGGAAGAGCUCGGGGCCAUCUUCUCCGCCCCCACCAACCUCAAGGAUCGUGACGCCUUCCACCUCACCAUCGAGGAGUACCUGCUCGCCCUCACCGACCUGACGCAGGACCUGUCGCGCCUCGCCACAAACGCCGUCACCCACGGCGACUUUGACCUGCCCAUGGUCAUCAGCGCCUUUGUCAAGGACCUCUUUGCCGGCUUCCAGCUGCUCAACCUCAAGAACGACAUUCUCCGCAAGCGCGCCGACGCCGUCAAGUACGACGUCAAGAGGGUCGAGGACGUCGUCUACGACCUCAGCCUCAGGGGCCUCGUUGCCAGGCCCAGCGCGGUCGAUACGGACAUGAAGACGGAGGAAUGA